AUGGAGAAUCCUCUCUUCAAUCUGAAAAGUGGCAAUGCCCAAUGGCUGAGCCCGAGCUACACCACCAUGGUAUUGGAUAUGAUCCUUGCCUUUGCGUGUGGCGUGGGGCUUUUUCUCCUGUUACUGCCUUUCAUUGAUCGAAAGCCAUCCUUACCACGACCUGAGAAAAAAAAGAAACAGAGGAAGUAUCAUCUGCAGAUACGGGGGUGGAAAAAAAGCAGGAAGAAAAGUACCCCUUCAAAAGCAUCUGAAGAACACCUGAAGGAGAUAAAGGAAAAAGAGCAAAACGUCUCAUAUUUAGAACAAAUGAGCCCAGAACACCACUCAGACUCUGUAGGGGAUCCAUUAGAGCCACCAAGUACAGAACAGGACGACAAAACCCCACAACAUAUGAGCCCAGAACACCAUUCAAAUCCUGUAGGGGGUCCAUUAGAGCCACUAAGUACAGAACAGGACGACAAAACCCCACAGUCCUUCUGGGAUAUGAAAGACAAGUCAGAACAUCUACUGGGUUCUCAGCAACCAUCAUUACCCAAGAUCAUGGAAGACGAUUUCCAGAAGAAAUAUAACCAGCUUUUCUGGGGUCUCCCCUCUCUACAUAGUGAAUCCUUAGUGGCUACAGCCUGGAUCCCACAGAAUUCUCUACAGUCUCCAUUCUUCCUAUUCAAUGGAACUUCGAUUCAAGAUAAAAUAUCUCCAGUGCUUUCCCAGGUCCAUCCUCUCUCCCAUCUGGAGUCCCAGUCCCCAUCCUUGAUUCUGCCUAUCUCCCAAAUCCAGCCCUCACCUCUGGGUCAUUUCCGUCAAUCCUCUCUCCCUUCCCUGCCUUCUUCUCUACACCGCCUUAGGGACUAUGGAACAUCUUUUUCUGUAACCCAAAGUAAACUCCCAAUUUUCAGUCCAACUGAAAUUCAAUACCCAGAAAGGACCAUGCUAAGGAAACAACUAGAACGUGAGUGGGCUUUCCCCACAGUGGUUCAAACAUCUCAGAAAUACAGCUGUCCGAUCAAUUCCAAUGUUUCCCAAGAAAGCGGGAAAGCUUCUAUCCUUCCUGAGAAUUUGCCAAUCAGCCCUGAGCUCCGGGGGCAACUGGAACAACACAUUCAGAAGUGGCUCGUUCAACACCAAUCAGACCUGCCCCGCAGUAUCCAAGGGUCCCUGGAAAUGAUGGAUUUUCAAGAGGAGUUAACAAAAAAAUGCUCAGAUAACAUCAAGCCUGGCCCCUCUCAGUCCUCUCUGUCGACCGGUGAACAUUGCAAGGAUGGACAGAAGGUGAGGUUCCAUUUAAACAAGGAGAUCAGCAAGAACUUGGGGCAUAUUCUAGGAAGAGCCCCGAAAUAUCCAUCCAAGGAAGUAGAAUACUUCCCGGUGAAAACUACGAAGUUGAACUCUGAUGAAUCCCUGAAGAAGAAUUCAUCUUUGAAGAAUGACUCUGUUAAAAAUGUACCAAGAUGUGGAGAUAAGAAUGUACGAACUGACUCCAAAUCUCAUUUGGCCAUGAAGCCGGGGCGCAAAUGUGAAGCUCCAAUAUCUGUGGGCAUACCCCGACCCUGGCUUCCUGCUUUGCCUAUGCCCAACACCCACAUUGAGACCAGUCUAGUAUAUUCAAAGAGUACUGAAAGCUGUGAGACCACCUACCGAAAGCUUUCCUUCCUUGACAUAUAUACUCAUCAGGCCCUGGAGGCACAUAUUAUAAAGCUUUGGGUGAAACACCGAUGGGGCUUACCCCUCAAGGCCCUCAAACCCAUUAAUGUCUUUAAGUUGAAAAAGCCUCAACUUUUGGCCCUCCCACACUAUAGUGGCCCCUCCUCCUCCACCUGUGUAUCUAGGACCAGCUCAAAAGUUCAGGUUGCCAAAUUCCUAGGAAAGCCACCCCAGGAAAGCUCCAGAGAGAAGAUGACAGCUAACAAGUAUGUUCCCGAAAACGUGAAUCCCAUCACUCCCUCAUCCUCAUGCAAGGAGAUUGGAAAACUCCAUAAAAGUGUUUCAUAUGAUGAUGCCCAUGGCGCCUCAAAGCCCCCUACAACUAGAGGGGAGGGAAAAUGGCCUCCUCAGCCUCACAUGGGCAGCUAUAUGAGCAGACACUGUCCAAGCAAGAAAGUCCUGGGGACCGGAAAGGGCAGCCUAGAGGUGCCUACAAGAUCUAUGGCCCAUGAUCUGAAAAAGCCAUGCUUUCAGAAAGAAGUCACAAAUGAGUUUCAACACAGACAGAGGAAUGCUGUGACCCAGGCCCCAGCCUGUGCCACUGGGGCCACCCUUCCACUCUGCCAGUCCAGGGAUAUGAUGCCCCUGGUAGCAAAUUAUUUGGCUUCCCACCUUUUGGAUGACAUGAUGAUUGAAGAGCCCUACAGCUUGGGGCAACAUCAGCCCCAUGUCCCAAAAUGUCAGGAAACAUGGAGAAAUCAACCCAAAAUGUAUGGCCUUACUUACAAGACGGAGGACUACAGGAGAACGACCCCAAGAAAUCGUGAAAAACCAUGUGAAGAAACGAGGACCCCCAAACUCACUCCAGCCAAGAGAACAGAAGAAACUCCAGAGGAUAAAGCCCUAACUCCAGUGUCUAUGGAAAGCCACUUCCAAAAACUCAUGAGACACUUAUUUCACUGGAUGCUACCCAAGAAAACUAUCACAGCAGAAGCAGACACCCCCAAAAAAGACAAGGCUAAGUGUGCCACUGUUCAGAAACACAGAAAGAGGAAAGCCAGAACACAAGUAGACAGGAACAUAGCUGAGGCACAGGAACUCAUGACAGCCAUUGGACAAAUAGUAGAAAAGAAAAUGAUACUUCAUAACAAACUUUGCACCUUGAAAUCAAACCAGCACAAAGAAUACCCUCGAGCUCCCAACUGUCACAUUCCCUCUUACCAGAGACCUCCCCACUACUCAGAUCAAAGAAGAAUGACCAGUUGUGCAGCCAGCAAGUGUCAGAGGUGUCCUACCCAGGACAGGAAACUCACAACCAAACAGUCCCAGAAGAGCGUCCGAUUCAAUGAGCAUCACAUCAUCACCAGCUUUAACUCGGGCUACACAGAGAAACAAGAACUGCCUCUGAGCCAGAUAUGGUGGUACACAUCUGUAAUAUCAGAAUUUAAGAGGUUGAGGCAGGAGGAUCCCAAGUUCCAGAGCAAUCUGGCUGCAUAG